AUGUCUGUGCAGGAGAGGGACCCGUGCCCGCACCGGAUCCUCGACGACAUUGGCGGCGCGUUUGCGAUGGGCGCCAUCGGCGGCGGCCUCUGGAACAUGGUCAAGGGGGCGCGCAACAGCCCGCGCGGCGAGAGGAUGCAGGGCAGCAUCUCUGCGAUCCGCGCGCGGGCGCCGAUCCUCGGAGGCGCCGCCGCCGCCGCCUGGACAGAGGACGAGAGAGAGGGAGAGGACGCCGCACCGCCUCGCGGGCGGGGCCUCGACACCCCCCCUCCGUCUGCGCGCCGCCGACGCCCACCCGCCUCCGCGCUCAGCCCACCCCGCCAGCCAUUCCUGUCCCGUCUCGGCGCCGCAGGCAACUUUGCAGUGUGGGGAGGGCUCUUCUCAAGCUUUGAUUGCUCGCUGGUGUGGCUGCGGCGCAAGGAGGACCCGUGGAACUCCAUCGCGUCGGGCGCGCUGACGGGCGGCGUGCUCGCGGCGCGCGGCGGCUGGCGCGCCGCUAGCCGCUCGGCCGCUGUUGGGGGGGUGCUGCUCGCGAUGAUCGAGGGCCUAAACAUCUUUUUGACCAAGAUGUUGGCGGAGAACUCGGCGCCGCCCUACGCGCCUCCGCCGCCGUACCAGCCGCCGCCGAUGGCGCCCGCGCCACCGACCGCGGCGAAGCCGGCCGCCGCCGACGAGGGGUUCAUGGUCGACUCGGCAAAGUCCUCCCAGGCCACCUGA